GGUGGGGGUGGAGAAGGGGGGAGUCAUAAACACCGCGUGGACACACCCGCGGGCUAUGAUACCCAACAGCGAGCAAACUUGGACCUCGUUGAGUUUUGGUACAACCCCUCGCAACUUUGACUACGACCUAUUGCGAGCAGGCGCUGAAUCAUUGUGAGUGACAGCUCGCAUGGAUAGAAGAGCCUCCGAGGGCAGGGCGCGCGCGAGGACUGAGCAAUGAGACAAGCCCGCGCUGGAGGACGCUGAAGAGUGCCGGCUGCUGGUGAUCUGGUGCUUUGAAGUUUGCUGCCUUGCUUGAAGACUGACCAUUUGGAGGUGCUGAACCACCGGCUGAGGCUGAAGAUGGCAUGGUCCUGGGACGACCUGCUCACCACCCUGUGGAGAUGGACUCUCGUACCCUCGCUUCUGGUGCUCGUGCUUGGUGGGACGCAGACUCUUGGAGAUGGAGAUGGCUUCACCGCUGAGUCCUGGCUCCGAAUGUAUGGCUACCUCCCUCAGGCCAGUAGGCAGAUGUCCACCAUGCGCUCAGCUCAAAUCCUGUCCAACGCCAUCAGUGACAUGCAGAGAUUCUAUGGCCUGGAGAUCACUGGAGUGAUGGAUUCAGCUACUAUGGAAGCCAUGAAGAGGCCCCGCUGUGGGGUUCCGGACAAAUUUGGGGGUCAAAUCAAGACCAAUGUACGUAGGAAACGAUACGCUCUCACUGGCCACAAGUGGGACAAAACACACCUGACCUUCAGCAUACAGAACUAUACCCCUAAGAUUGGGGAGUACAACUCAUACGAGGCCAUCCGUAGAGCCUUCACAGUGUGGGAGAAGGUAACACCACUGACAUUUGAAGAAAUUCCCUACAUGGAGGUCAAAUACGGCCGUCGGAAGGAGCCUGACAUUAUGAUCUUCUUCGCCUCUGGCUUCCAUGGUGACAGCUCCCCAUUUGAUGGAGAAGGUGGCUUUUUAGCACAUGCCUACUUCCCUGGUCCAGGGAUGGGCGGAGACACGCAUUUUGACUCAGACGAGCCGUGGACAAUUGGCAACCAGAAUUUGCAAGGCAACGAUCUGUUUUUGGUAGCAGUGCAUGAGCUGGGUCAUGCUUUGGGCCUGGAACACUCCAAUAACCCAAUGGCCAUCAUGGCUCCUUUCUACCAGUGGAUGGACACAGACAAUUUCCAGCUUCCAGAGGAUGAUCUCAGGGGGAUCCAGCAGAUCUAUGGGCCUCCUGUUAGUACACCUACUCAGGCUCUGCCCACUGUAAAACCUCGUCAUCCUAACCACCCUAAAGACCCUCCAAGAGACCCUCCAAGAGCCCCUCCCCGCCGUCCAGAUAGGCCACGCACCACUGACCGACCAGAUCAGUACGGACCCAACAUUUGUGAGGGCAACUUCGACACAGUCACCAUGCUCAGGGGAGAAAUGUUUGUUUUCAAGGGUCGUUGGUUCUGGAGAGUCAGGAGAAACAGAGUGUUGGAUAACUACCCAAUGCCCAUCGGCCAUUUCUGGAGGGGCCUGCCUGGAGAUAUUGACGCAGCGUAUGAGAGACAUGACGGCAGAUUUGUAUUUUUCAAAGGGGGUCAGUACUGGCUUUUCCGAGAGGCCAACUUGGAGCCAGGUUACCCUCAGGAGCUGAUGGAUUAUGGCAGAGAUAUCCCCUACGACAAGAUAGAGACCGCCAUCUGGUGGGAGCCAUCUGGCUACACCUACUUCUUUAAAGAAGACAGGUACUGGCGUUUUAACGAACAGUUGCGUGCAGUGGAUCAAGGCUACCCUAAGCCCAUCAGUGUAUGGGACUCAUCAGUGCCUGUGUCUCCCAAGGGGGCCUUCCUCAGCGAUGAUGGAGCCUACACAUACUUCUACAAAGGCAGUAAAUACUGGAAGUUUGACAACCAUCGUAUGAAGAGUGAGCCUGGCUACCCCAAGUCCAUCCUGAGAGACUUCAUGGGCUGCAGCGUGGACCUGGACCCAGACAGAGACACAGACGUGGACCCAGGCCGCAAGUGGCCUGACCGCCCGCCAUUUAACCCAGACGCCGGGCGGGACAAGGACAAGGAGAAAGACAAGGACAAGGAGCGAGACCGCACAAACGAUGUGGACUACAAGGAGGCGACAGAGGAAGAGACGAACGAAGUAGACGUGGUGCUGAAGAUUGACGAGACAGAGCGCACCAUGAACAUCAUCAUGGUGGCUGUGCCCCUGGUCCUGGUGCUGUGCAUCCUGGGCCUGAUCUACGCCAUCAUCAACACGCUGCAGAGGAAAGGGGCACCCAAGUACUUGGUGUACUGCAAACGCUCCUUACAGGAGUGGGUGUAACUUUUAACUGUUUGACUUUGACUGACCUCUGUCCCUUGAUCUCUGUCCCUGUGUCUUUUUUCACCCCCCCUCCCAGUUUAUGUACAUGGUAAAUAUGUGCGCACACAGAAAACACACACCUUAUACUCUUUUGUCCCAUGGUGCUCUCCUAAUGAGUUGACUGUAGUCUAUUUAUAUCAGGAAGUUUGCACAUUAUUUUUGUUGUUAUCCUUUCUUCAUCAUGGGUUUUCUCCUCCUGCUCCCCCUUUUUUGAGUUUGUAUUGUGUGCACAUUUCUUUUUAUUUCUAAACGAGGAAGUUUCUCUGUUCUGCAACAGGGAGCGAUAACAAACUGCCGUCCGGCUCCACAGUUGUACUCUGGACAAGGAAAAUGCAAGAAUGCAGGACAACAGAAAUUGAUAAGCGUGUGCAGUAUAUAAAAAGGGAAGCCACGAUGUAAAUCUCUCCAUCUAUGAGAUCGCUUUCUAAUCGCUCCCUUUACUCAGGUCUUAGAUGAGUUCAACACAAAAAGCCUGGUUAAAAUGAUGAGGGCCAUAGCCCCCCUCCUUAAACGCAACUGUGCAUCCUGGAGCUCUGCCUUUACCCAUGCUUGCCUAUGAUGAGGAACAAAAAUCAUACGUGUUUUAUUGCCUUAGUCAAACCACUCACGCUAUUGUUUUAACAAUGGUGCCUUGGUCUUGCCAGCCAAAAGCCUUCCUGUGGUUUCGCCCCUAUAGGAGGAGCCCUCUGACCUCCCCCAUGCUGCCUGGCGUGUUGCUUUCUCUCUAUGGCCCUGUGAUACUGUGUUGAAUAUAAUCUUUUAUUGUCAGAGGAGCGUAACUCACAUGGUGCUUUUCAUUUAGGACAAAGGCGGAGUACUGUGAAACCACUCUGCAGGGGAUGGGAGGGAACAUUUUGAGGUACUAGAGCACGGAGGGAGGGGUUUUAUGUUGAUGUAGGAGCCAUUUGCCAAGUGUAGGCCUGUUUUAAACAAUACAAUACAAACAAAAAGUUAUAAAAACCAUACCACUAGUGCAUACCACUCAAGCUUUCCAAUUGAAAAGUCAAUAAAAAGCACUCAAAAGUUUUGCUUAUCGGGGCCCAAUUAUAAAUAAAAGCCUUACAGGGCCCCCCCCCUGUUAAAGACUGUUAGAUAAUCCUCUCAUUUUAAAAACAGCAGGUGGUUGAAAACAUUGCUAGCUUCCAGCAACCCCAACAUAAACCCCCUCAGCACCAAAGAAAUCCCUCUGUCAUCUGCCCGAAAGGUGAGAGGACAAGCGUGAGGGGCAUGAGCAAGCAAGGAAGGAGAGAGGCACUAAGAAAUAGAGAGAGAGAAAAAGAGAGUGAGAGAGACAUCUGUCUAAGUUCAAAGGGAGGGGGGUUUCAGCUGCAGAAAUCUUAUCUGCUAAGUCCACUGGAAGAGGCUUACACUCUGUUUUUCCAAAGGCAGGGCAGGCUUAUUUUACACAGAUGAGGCUGAUUUUGAGGGUGGGGGAGGUACAAAGGGGGUCUGGCCUGAUGCUGCCUUCAUGAGGUAUCAGUGUUAUUGUAAAGUUGCCACCUAAGAGUUGCACAUGAGCGUCCCUUGAAGUCGGAAUUAUUGAAAAUACCAAGAAGAAAUUUCUGGGAAGGUUCCAUAGUAAUGUGGUCAUUACAAGUGGAAACUUUGGAUACAAUAUAGGUUCUGACUUUAUCCUUUCAUUGUGGUGGAGGAAAGGAUGGUGUCUGUGGUCAACAGUUGGUAAAAUGUUAGAAAGGUACCAAAAAGAGAUCAAGAAGACUAAUUAGCUCAAACCCUUUCCCACUACACAGCAGUUGAAUGCAAAGACUUUGGAAUUACGGCUUCACAUGUGGAGAAUAGGACCGUCCAGCAAGCACAGCGAGGCAGCAUGAGUGGCCAGCUAGUAGAGGAGACUAGAGCUAGGCAGAAGUGCAUUGCCCAUAUGGGAGCAUGCUGGCAUGCGGUUGCAGUGCUUACUCUGCCACGGGUUAUUUUAGAAACACAUUCUUUGAAUGGGAGCGGAAACAGGAUCUGUGGCUGGCAUCCGUUCUGCUUCCAUUCAGGAGCUCCAAGCUGGACUUUGCACGUUUGCCCGUACUCGUCAGGAUUCCACAGAGCAGACAAGGCCAGUGACUCGGCUUUGCGAGACAGACCUGCCAUCCUUGUUUAGAAUAUAACUGCUCUCUGAGGUGCUUUGCUUAGUCUACUGCAACUCUGGUCCUGGAGUACCUCGGCCUUGCAUAUUUUAGUGUUUUCUCUGUUCUAACACACCCACUUUAGCUGAGGAAGUGCUUGUUAAUCGGCUGAUUAGUAGGAUCAGGUGGGCUGGAGCACAGGGCACCUUCUGCCCUUCAUAGUGUCAAAUAUUUCCUGCCCCACCACACUUGAUUGACCUCUUUGAGGGCUUCAUAAUAGAAUACUUCAAUCUGUGCUAGGCAGGCAAGGCGGUCAGUCCACAGAACUCAGUUAGAGUAGGAAAAGCACCUAAGGGGGGUACUCUAGGACCAAGACUGGGAACCACUGUGAUGUUAACCUUGUAACACAAUGCAGAUUCCAGGAUAGAGCCAAUAAACGGUCUUCACCUCACUCGUGAUGUGCCUCUAAUAAUCCCAGUUAUUCUCCCUCCACAAGCAGAGAAAAGUUGUUCUCUUCGCAAAGGCAUUGAAGACAUGGUGAAGUGAAUGAACAAGUGCAGUAUUAUAAAUAUUGCCUUGCCGGGCGAGGUUGAGUCGAAAGUGCUUUCAUAAAUAUUAUUGAGAAGGUAGAGGAGACGGAGGACAGUCAUGAUCCGCAUGCUGCCGCUGAAGGAGGCCGUUCAGCACGGUUGCCAGGCAGCACCUCCCCCCUCCCUUGUUUCACCGUGCUCCCGUCAUCUGGGGAGACGUGGAGGAGAGUUAAUCAGAGAUAAAAGCUCUUCCGCCUCUCCCUCCCCUCCUGCCCAGAUCAAUGAGGAAUACACAAACAGGCCUGAAGGGUAUCUGGAGGGAGAGGAGACUCAUUUGCUCAUCUAGACAGGCAUAAACCCCCAUGCUCGCCCUGUGUGUGCCCAUUUGAGCUCACUUUGACCUCAGUCCACACCUUUACUGCCUUGUUUUUAGAGACCUCAUGGCUGCUUUUUGGUAUGCAAAAUGAUUGAUGUUCUUUUUGUGUUCGCUCAUCUAGUGGAAACCAAAUGCUAUGUCAAGGCCUGCUAGUAAGGACUGUUCUUGCUUUUCUUGAACUGUGGGUUUUUCCCAGAGUGAGACGAGUCCCAAGGCUGUUUUGCAUCUUAUCACUCGGUGGCCCAUUUGAUAUUUUUCAUCACAGAGGUGAAAAAAGUAGAGCAUACCUAAAAAUGGGUGAUCAAUCAUGAAAACUGGAUGUGUAUGUGUAUAGCAAGGUCUAGUAAACCCAGCUCUUUCUCCAGCCAAGCUUCACUCUAGGCACUCAAAACACUCCUUGACUUUGGUUCUGGACCUUGCUCUCGCAACAAUGGCCCCUCUUACUCUGGGCAUUAUUGUCCUGAAUAUUUUGUCUUCUGGCCGACAGGAAGAAAGACUGGGCUUUUGGCCAAAGCCAGGAAGCGUCCUCCCACCGUCACUCACUCUAUAGCAUAGUGAUCUUAAAGGCAUUGUGUGUGGGUGACCUUGGGGGGGUUUAGUAAAAUAUUUCCUAGAGAUGCAGCUCAAUGAUCUACGCCAGUGUAUGGUUUCUAGCAGCACUGAAAUCAUGCAGGCUUAAUCCACACUUGGACAGGAGACCUGCGUUAUUGACAUAUAUUCGUAUCAGUGAUCUUUAUCAUUUAGUCACUUUUUUGUGAUUUAAGAGGUGGUGGCUUUCCUUCUCCAAUGUAAAUGUCUCUGACCCAUCUGUCCUGCUCACUAGGCUCUUAUCCAUUCAUCCCACAGUUGCAGUCAGUGAAUAAUGGAUCACAUGGUGGCUUGCGAAAUGUGUUAUAUUUCAGUGUUACAUCUAACCAUGUGGUAUCAGAUGAGUAGACAGUCAGAGGAUGUUUGGCAGCAUUGUGCCAUAUACACCAAUGGUGACUUAGUUUCGCUACGAUCUCAAUGUUAAGCAGAUAACAAGAAUGACGAUGUGUCUGGGCCUGCGUCCCUGUCUCAGAAGCCAUUGUCACCAUAGCUCAUGAGCCAAAUACCAUGCUUUUUAGUACUAGAUGUGGCAAUCCAAGAGUACUGAGUCAGGUAAAGAAAUAGAGGAAUCACUAACAUUAAGGCAGUGUCAUGACAAUUUCGCACACAACUUGUGUUGCGCUGCAGUUAUUUUUUAAAAAACCUCAUUUUUAUUAAUUAAUAAUAAUUAAAUGUAUGGUUAUAUUUUUGUUGUUUCAGUUCAUUUGAUUUCCUGAUCUUAUUUGAUCUUAAUUGGUGUUUUUGAAAUUGUAAAUAUUUUAGGACUUUUGAAAGUUUUUUUUCCUUUUUAGUUUGUUAAUAACAUUCCGUUCUUGUGAUUAGAUUUUUUUCUGAUGUAGAAGCUGAAGAUUUUAUACAUUUGUGUUGUUUUUUUGGUCACGUCUGUUGAGUGUCGUUAAUCCAUGCUGGACAUGUAAACAAUAAUAAAUAAUAAAUGCUCUGAAGAUGAAA